GAGGGAGAGCUCGGCCUCCAUGGAGAAGAGGAAACCGUGAGCUUCAUUCAUGGUUGUUUCUACACCUCAAUUCUUCAUCUUUUCGAUAAUUCAAUCGCGGAUUCUCCAAUAGUUCAAACUGCCCUGAUUUGCCGGGAAAUGACAUGGAGAAGGAGCAUGAAUAAUGUGAUUCAUAUGCCAAAGGCGUUUUGGAUCGGGAGAUUAGAGAAGCACACAAGUUCUUUUGUUGUACAGCUGCACAAGUCAAAGCAACAUCGAGCGAUGGACAACAACAACGAGUCCAGUCCGGCGACGAGCGGAUCUAAGACCCACGGUACCCGUGGGGUUUGGAUGGGGGCAGAUGGGCGGCCAGAUGGGCCAAAGGUACAACAUGGACCGUCGGCAACAGUUGAUGGGGUUAUUGCGGGCGCGCAGGGGGGGAUGCAGGGGUGGAUGCCGGGCAACGCCGGGGUGGGGAGGUAUGCCCCAGAUGCCGCAGCAGAUGCUACAAUAGAUGAUAGGGAUGAUGCCAGUAUGGCAGGGAGGGAUGCAGCCCGGGAUGCAGGGGUCUCCGGGGGGGACCACGGUCUAUCGUCCCACUCUUGAUUUUUUGACGGUUUCGUCUCACACGUCGACCCCAGUGGAGACGCAGUUCAUUGGGGAUGACCGUUUCUCAUUACAUGAGGUGGGGAUCGAUAUCGGGGAGGCGGACACUGCCGUUCCAGUGGGGGGAGUAGAGGGGGGUCGUCGGGCCGCGCCGAAGGGGAAGAGCAAGGGGAAGAGCAAGGUGGUCGGCGAGUCGUCGCAACCGGCUGUUGACGACACCACCACACGGAGGAAGUGGACGAAAGAGGAGUACGUCGCCCUGGCCAAGGCGUGGUUGUCGGUUUGCGAACAACCAGCGGAUCGUCAACAUGUGGGCUAAGAUUAGAGCAGCCUACAAGAGAUACUGCCCGCACGGAAAGGACUACAGCGGGGAGGAGUGCCGGAAGGGGUGGGAACGCAUCGGGGCCGCGGUCGGCCGAUUUUCGGGGUUGUACGCCAACGCCCUCCGCAUGAUGAGUAGUGGGUAGGCUGAGGAGGACUGUCGAAAGAUAUCGGAGAGUCAGUUCCCCAAGCAGGGGGUUUAUAGGGAGUUCACCUUCUGGAGGCUGCUAUCUGGUGUUGAAUGACUCCGAGAAGUUCCGGGGCGGGGUCGGCGCUGGGUGGCCGAAGAAGCAGAAGGCUGAACUAUUCCGGUGAUUACAGCGGCAGCGGCGGCGGUUCCCACGACCUCCCCCCGGAUGCUUAGGAGUUUCCGUCCCCUCCAUCGUUUGCUCGCUGCACUCGCCCGGUUGGCCAAAAGUGGGCGCAACGGGCAGCGAGGGGAUCCUCCUCCCUAUCGCCCCGGGAGGUCCAGUCGGCAGCACCCCCACCCGCAUACACCUUCUCGCGUCAAAAAACGCGGGAGCAGAUGUACAAGGUCUUCCAAGAUUGGAGGGCCGCCAUUGACCCCACAGAGAAGAGGUUUCUUCACUCGAUGCUCGAAAGCAUGCAGGUCGAUUUAGAUGCCGCGAGGGCACAGAUGGGGGGCUCAGAUGCCACUGAUGUGGAGGUCCCGGGUGGCGGCGGCGAGGACAACGGCGACGGCGAUGAGGAGUAGAGAGAGGCGGGGCUCGUGUGUGGAAGCUCGGUUUUUUUUAUUUAAAUGAAAUGAAUGAAUUUUCCUGUAUAUGUCUCGUAAAUUUAAUUCCGUAAUUUAUCGUAAAUUUAAUUCCGUAAAUGUAGUUGUUUUUGACUUAUUUUUAUUUCGGCUUGCCUGUGGCUGGCUUUAGGCUAGCCUAUUUGAUUAAAA